AGUGACUGGAAGAGAAACACAGGGGGAGACAGAGAGAGAGAUUGUGGCAGAGAAGCGGAGAGCGGCGGAUGAACAAGGAAGGGAAGGGUGUGUGGGUGUAGGAGGGGGGGGGACAGAGGGGAGAACACGCCGGGAAAGCCACCGGGAGGAGUGGGUAAAGUCGGGGAUCAUCUGGAAAAUUUCACCAAUCUGCCACAAUCUGAAUUAGCAAUAUGGGUGACAAUGACCCAGAAAAAGGUGAACUUUUGUCUGAAAACAACAAUGAAACGUACUAUGAAACAGAGGAUGAUGAAGAAGAGAUGACAAGAGAGGAGAGGAUGGGAUUUUCUGGUAAAAAUGGCCUGAUCUCGUCUUCCCCUGGGACAGUUUAUGAUCGGACUACUGUCCUGAUAGAACAGGACCCGAUCAGCCUGGAAGAAGAAGAGGAGGAGGAUGAGGAGGAAGAGGAAGGAGGGAACAAUAACAGCUUGGUGUCUUUUUUAUCUCACGGCGGAGAGGACAACUUUUUUUUGAUAGGAGAUCCUGAUGGAAUGUCGCAGGGUUAUGUGCAUCACACCAUUUCUCCUGAUCAGAUUCAGUUCACCAUCAACCCCGGAUCUACCCCAAUGCCCAGGAAUAUAGAGGGAGCCACACUGACCCUGCACUCGGAAUGUCCCGAUACCAAGCUGAAGGAGGUGAAACGAUACCAGUGCACAUUUGAAGGCUGCACCCGCACCUACAGCACAGCGGGGAACCUGCGGACUCAUCAGAAGACUCACCGCGGAGAAUACACUUUUGUUUGUAACCAGCAGGGCUGUGGCAAAGCCUUCCUCACCUCGUACAGCCUGAAAAUUCACGUCCGAGUCCACACCAAGGAAAAGCCUUUCGAGUGUGACGUGCAAGGCUGUGAGAAAGCUUUCAACACUCUGUACAGGCUUAAAGCCCACCAGAGACUUCACACGGGGAAAACCUUUAACUGUGAAUCAGAAGGCUGCACUAAGUACUUUACUACACUCAGUGACUUGAGGAAGCACGUCAGGACACACACAGGGGAAAAGCCAUUCAGGUGUGAUCAUAAUGGCUGUGGGAAGGCAUUUGCUGCCAGUCACCAUCUCAGAACGCACGUCAGAACACACACAGGUGAGCGACCGUUCCUAUGCCCCAGCGAUGGAUGUGAGAAGACGUUCAGCACGCAAUAUAGUCUCAAGAGUCACAUGAAGGGCCAUGACAAGGAGAACCCAUGCAUCGUCUCAACACAAAACUCCUUGAAUGAGGAGACGAACCAGUCACUUUGUUUAAGUGAUCUGAGCUUGAUGUCGACAGAUUCGGAACUCCGAGAGAACUCACACUCGAACAAUCGACGAGAUCUGAGCACUAUUUCAGCAGAAAGCAUCUUUGAAUCUAUGUUUCACAACACUGAUAGCUGCACAAGCCACGAUGGCUCCCAGGCGAGAGCUGAAGAUGGACUAACUGGAACAUAUGGCAGCGAUGUGCCGCCAGCACCUGUUGUGAAUCCUAUCGUAGCUGAACCCGGGUCAUUGUCGUUUACAAUCCCUCUUCAAACUGUGUCACAGCCAAGCGUCGAGAGCCAUUCCCAGCCCUCAACAACAGCAGCAGCCCUUCCCCACAUUACACUGAAUGCCGCCGUCAUCUCCAAUACACACCAAACUGUCUUCGGGAAUCCCACCAGCGUCGUGCAGACACCUCAAGUGCCCGUCGCACAGACUGCACAAUUCUCAGCCAAUCAACAAGAAUUCAUUCAGCCUACCCAAAUGCCCCAGCCUCCGUCGCAGGGCUUUCCAGUGAUGCCCAGCAAUAGCCUUCCACCAUCUGGUAACACAGAGCCACUGCCAACCCUGGUGCAAACUGUGCCUUUAGGUACAAAUCCUCCCACAAUAACAAUUACUCCAUCGCAGAACACCACCAUUCUACAACCCAGCAUUGUAAUGGCAGACCCCAACCUCCAGUGGAUCAUUAAUGGAGCCAGCACUGUUCAGCAGAACUCUGAGCACAUGCAGCAGGGACCGAAAGUAGAGAAAGUGUUUUUCACCACUGCAAUACCAGUUUCUGGCAACACAGGAAAUCAAGUUCAACAAAUAGGUUUGAGUGUCCCAGUCAUCAUCAUAAAGCAGGAGGAAUCGUGUCAGUGUCAGUGUGCCUGCCGCGACUCCAACAAACAGAAAGUGCCCAGCAGCAAGGAGAGUUCUACACAGGAAGCAGGUUCUUCCCGGGAACCCACCACCGUUCAGGAACAGUCUCGUCCCGAGGCUCAGACUUUCACCUCGACAUUGGAAGACAGCAGUCAGGUGACGCAACCACUUCCUCAGACAGACCCACAAACGGGCUUGAACAGUAUAGAUGUGACAGAGUUCCUAUCUCUCGAGAGCUCGGGGACCCCUUCAAAUCUCGCUGGGAUCGAGGCCAAUGACAUUCAGGCACUGCUAGAAAAGGUGAAAGAGGAAAUCAACAUGAACAGCAGGUUUCCCAAGUAAAACCGCUCGCUCAGUCUAGUCCCUGGGGUUUGAGGGAAGACGCUUUUCAAAGAAAAUUCCAAGCUUUUUCUUACCCAGGAUUAC